ACCCACUGCUCUCUUGCCGCCCACCAUGGCCCUGCUGCACUCCGGCCGCGUCCUGUCCGGAGUCGCCUCCGCCUUCCACCCAGGCCUCGCUGCUGCAGCAUCUGCCAGAGCCAGCUCCUGGUGGGCUCAUGUGGAGAUGGGGCCCCCAGAUCCCAUCCUGGGAGUCACAGAAGCCUUUAAGAGAGACACCAACAGCAAAAAGAUGAAUCUGGGAGUUGGUGCCUACCGGGAUGAUAACGGAAAGCCUUACGUGCUCCCUAGUGUCCGAAAGGCAGAGGCGCAGAUUGCUGCAAAAAAUUUGGACAAAGAAUACCUGCCCAUUGGAGGACUGGCGGAAUUUUGUAAGGCAUCUGCAGAACUAGCCCUGGGUGAGAACAAUGAGGUGUUGAAAAGUGGCCGGUAUGUCACCGUGCAGACCAUUUCUGGGACCGGGGCCCUGCGGAUCGGAGCCAAUUUUCUGCAAAGAUUUUUUAAGUUCAGCCGAGAUGUCUUCCUGCCGAAACCAUCCUGGGGAAAUCACACCCCCAUCUUCAGGGACGCUGGCAUGCAGCUGCAUAGUUACCGAUACUAUGACCCCAAGACCUGCGGCUUUGACUUCACAGGUGCUCUUGAGGACAUUUCAAAAAUACCAGCUCAGAGUGUAAUUCUCCUGCACGCCUGUGCCCACAAUCCCACAGGAGUGGACCCUCGUCCUGAGCAGUGGAAGGAGAUGGCCACACUGGUGAAGAAAAACAAUCUCUUUGCAUUCUUUGACAUGGCCUACCAAGGCUUUGCCAGUGGCGAUGGUAACAAGGAUGCUUGGGCAGUGCGCCACUUCAUCGAACAGGGCAUCAAUGUUUGUCUCUGCCAGUCCUAUGCCAAGAACAUGGGCUUAUACGGUGAGCGUGUGGGAGCCUUCACUGUGGUCUGCAAAGAUGCUGAGGAAGCCAAAAGGGUGGAGUCACAGUUGAAGAUCUUGAUCCGUCCUAUGUAUUCCAACCCUCCUGUCAACGGGGCCCGGAUUGCCUCGACCAUCCUGACCAGCCCGGAUCUGCGGCAACAAUGGUUGCAGGAAGUCAAGGGCAUGGCCGACCGCAUCAUUAGCAUGAGGACCCAGCUGGUCUCCAACCUCAAGAAGGAGGGCUCCUCCCACAACUGGCAGCACAUCGUUGACCAGAUCGGCAUGUUUUGUUUCACAGGCAUAAAGCCUGAACAGGUGGAGCGGCUGACCAAGGAGUUCUCCAUCUACAUGACAAAGGAUGGCCGCAUCUCUGUGGCAGGGGUCACCUCUGGCAAUGUGGGCUACCUUGCCCAUGCCAUUCACCAGGUCACCAAGUAAUUCCCCUGGUGAGAAGGAACAGAGACAACCUUCCUGUCUUCAGGCUCUGCUGUUGUGAGAUUCGCAGGGAGGAAGAGAGAGGGUGGAUGGUGGUGAGCGGAUCGUUUUUUUCAACCACAGUACUUAAUGCCCAGCGAUUGAAUGUGUUUCUCAGAAAAGAAUGUGCAGUGAAAUAGGGCAGAUGCACCAGUGGCUGGUGUCUGGAACUUCGUGGCUGUAAACCAAACUCGCCCUCAUCCUUUUUAUCUCCAGUUUUUCCAACAGAGUUUACAUGUGCAAGAACAACGUAAGCCCCCCCAAAAAAAUCUGUCACUAUUUCAGAAGCUUUAACUGAGCACCUCAUGGUGUUGCGGGUUCCUCUGUAGAACCAACAUGAAAAUAGCACCUAUCAAAGGCUUUGUGAAAAGAUCUAGUUCUAACAUUAACAGCCUCAUGUUUGCCCUCCUGUGAUUGAGCAACCGUAUCAGCAAACUAUUACCGAAAUCUGUUACCACUGCACCAAAGAAAACAAAAGAUGCUGUUUCCUGUCUUAUUUAAGAAAUAAAGAGGAGCUCCUUUGCAGCACAGUGGGUUAAGGAUCCAGUGUAGUCACUGCUGUGGCGCGGGUUCAGUCCCUGGCCCAGGAACUUCCACAUGCCAUGGGCACAGCUUUAAAAAAAACGAAAAAGGAAGAGGCGCUUUUUUUAGCACAUGGAGGCAACUUAAUGUUCCUUUUUUCUCCCUCGUCACUGCUGUUCUGUUCCAUAGGCACAAAGACCUGUAACUACCUAGGUUUUCAUCCUGUUCUACUCUUUGACUGACCAUCGGUCCCAUCCCAUAGGAUUUACUUACCUGAAGAGUGAAGAAUGGUAUUUACUGCUCAUCCCAUACCCUCACUUUUCUUGGCAAAGAAUAGCAGAGAGUAGGUCACUGCCCUUUACUCCAGCAUCCUCUCCAGUGAUUAUUUAAUUAUCUCCUGUUGGGAUGUUGCCUCUGCCCGGUUGGACCAUGUACCUUUUCUUCAGUGUGGUUGUGCCAUCGCUUACUUCGUAUUAUGAGUCAGGCAAUGCAGGGUAGGACCGGGAAAGAGGAUACGCCGGGCUUUGGUUUUAACCUUUGCAUGCUGCCAGCUGGGCUCAGGCUUCACCCUUUGGAAGGAUAACCACCAUUCGCUUUAAUCAUGUAGACUUACUGCUGCCUGGUUUCUCUGUUACAAUAAAGUUACUGUAGA